GUAUUGAUUGAUUAUAGGGAGAGAAGAGAGAAGAGAGAAGGGAGAAGAGGGAGAGAGCAGAACCAGAAACAGUAGCUAUCUAACUUGGGGAAACACGAAGCUAGAGAGAGAGAGAGGGAGAGAGAGAAAGUCAGAAAAGCAACUGUAAAGUGUGAUUCUACAGAUUUUGAGCCUUGGAUCGUCUCACAGAAACGUCUCUGCAAAUUCGAUUUGGGGAGAGUCCAAGCAAUGAUGUGAGUAGUUGUUGUGAAGUAAAAGUAAAAAUCCUUCUAAGAAAUGCUAGUUUCGCGGCUGGAAUUGUGGAAUCUGAAGCUGUUUUUGUGUAUCGGAGGCGGUGAUCUGGAGUUACCUGCAAAUUAAAGUCGAGUAUUCGGUGUAUUGAAAGUUCAGGACUUCAGUUUGGUAUACGUGUUCUGCUUGUUUUGUAGUGUGGGAAACCCUAGGAGCUCUGGUGUGAGCUCGCAAUGUGUGGCUUCACUGGUUUGUGGAUGUGAAAGUUGAGUGAUUGGUGAUUGGAGCGUAAGGGGUUCGAUUGGUGAGGAUCUUGGACUGGAUUAGGCUGAAAAGAAUAACUUCCUGUUGUGGAACCUGUUUUGAAUGAAGGUUUGGGGGUGGGGGGAGGUUUGGUUUCAGCUGCCGAUGAAGGUUUUGAAGCUUAUAUCUGAUUUAUCGUUUAAUAUUUCUGGUGGAUAGUUGAGGCUGUGUGGUGCUUGGAAGAAGACAUUGAACAGCGCGACUGAUAAGUUCAGGUCAAUUAUUGAUUGGCCAUUGGGGUUGAGCAAGAGGUGGAGUGGAGGUAUGGUUGUUUGGGGCAAGAAGCGAGUGAAGGAAGUGGUUGUUUGCCGGAAAGGGCAUCUUUUGGAAAAAGGUUUUGCUCGUUUCUGAAGAUUAGCUUCAGUUUUGGGUCUUGUGUGGGUCGUCUGGUAACUCCUUGAAAGUCGUUCUGAAUCUGGAGAAUGAGGCUCUCCUCUUCCGGUUUCACCCAUCAGGCCCAAGAAGGGGAAAGAAGAUGCUUGAAUUCUGAGCUAUGGCAUGCAUGUGCGGGCCCUCUUGUUUCUCUACCUGCUGUUGGGAGCCGCGUGGUCUACUUCCCUCAGGGUCACAGCGAGCAGGUUGCUGCUUCUACCAACAAAGAGGUGGAUGCCCAUAUACCUAAUUACCCAAACUUACCACCGCAGUUGAUCUGUCAGCUUCACAAUGUGACCAUGCAUGCAGACUUGGAGACGGAUGAAGUCUAUGCACAGAUGACCUUGCAACCAUUGAGUCCGCAAGAGCAAAAAGACCCUUACCUGCCCGCAGAGUUGGGUUCCCCCAGUAAGCAGCCAACCAACUAUUUCUGUAAGACAUUGACUGCAAGUGACACUAGUACUCAUGGAGGAUUCUCAGUGCCUCGCCGGGCAGCAGAAAAAGUUUUUCCUCCAUUAGACUUCUCACAGCAGCCUCCAGCUCAAGAAUUGAUUGCAAGAGACCUUCAUGACAAUGAAUGGAAAUUCAGGCAUAUAUUUCGUGGUCAGCCAAAGAGGCAUCUUCUUACGACUGGAUGGAGUGUGUUUGUAAGUGCAAAAAGACUUGUUGCUGGAGACUCCGUCCUUUUCAUCUGGAAUGAGAAGAACCAGCUUCUUUUGGGAAUCCGCCGUGCUAAUCGGCCACAAACUGUGAUGCCUUCGUCUGUUCUUUCAAGUGACAGCAUGCACAUAGGGCUUCUCGCGGCAGCAGCUCAUGCGGCUGCAACAAAUAGCCGCUUCACUAUAUUUUACAACCCAAGGGCUAGCCCAUCAGAAUUUGUCAUACCUCUGGUGAAGUACAUUAAAGCAGUCUAUCAUACCCGUGUUUCUGUUGGCAUGCGCUUCCGGAUGCUGUUUGAGACUGAAGAGUCAAGUGUUCGUCGGUAUAUGGGCACGAUUACUGGCAUAUGUGACUUGGAUCCUGCUCGUUGGCCGAACUCACAUUGGCGCUCAGUAAAGGUUGGAUGGGAUGAAUCCACUGCAGGGGAGAGGCAGCCGAGGGUUUCCUUGUGGGAGAUUGAACCAUUAACAACAUUCCCUAUGUAUCCAUCACCAUUCCCCCUCAGACUUAAGCGGCCAUGGCCUCCAGGACUACCCUCCCUCCAUGGCAUCAAGGAUGAUGAUUUGGGCAUCAAUUCUCCACUUCUGUGGCUUCGAGGUGAUGUUGGAGACAGGGGGAUUCAAUCCCUCAAUUUUCAGGGACUAGGGGUUACACCUUGGAUGCAGCCAAGGUUAGAUGCCUCCAUGCUUGGCCUGCAACCUGAUAUGUACCAAGCAAUGGCUGCUGCAGCGCUUCAGGAAAUGAGAGCUGUGGAUCCUUCUAAACAGGCAUCUCCAACCCUUCUCCAAUUCCAGCAACCUCAGAGUGUACCAAACAGAGCUCUGGUUCAGAGGCAGAUGUUGCAAGAACCUCAAUCUCAGCAUGCCUUCCUUCAGAGUGUUCAAGUAAAUCAUCCUCAGGCUCAGGCUCAGGCUCAGGCUCAGGCUCAGGCUCAGGCUCAGGUACAGGCACAGGCACAGCUUAUUCAGCAACAAUUGCAGCAUCGUCACACAUUUAAUGAUCAACAGCAACCACAGCAGCCACACACUCAGCAACAACAGCAGCAGCAGCAGCAGCAAUUUUCUGAUCCCCAGAACCCUAAUGUUGUCUCUGCACUGUCGCAGCUUGUGUCAUCAUCCCAUUCUCAACCUCCAUCCCUACAGACCAUCUCUUCUUUGUGCGAGCAGCCAAACUUUUCGAAUUCCAGUGGGAUCCCUGUCUCAACAUCCAGUGUUUCUCCCCUCCACGGUCUUUUGGGUUCAUUUUCCCAUGAUGAAACAUCUCACCUGCUUAAUUUGCCGAGAAGCAAUGGUCUUAUGCCCUUUUCAGUGUGGACGCCGAAGCGAGUUGCAGUUGAACCUAUUCUCUCUCCUGGAGUAGCUAAAUGUGUUCUGCCCCAGGUUGAACAGCUCUGCUUAUCACCGCAAACUAAUGUUUCUCAAAAUUCAGUCUCUUUGCCACCUUUUCCAGGUAGAGAAUGUGCAGUAGACCAAGAAAAUGGUACGGAUCCCCAAAGCCAUUUUCUUUUUGGAGUCAAUAUUGAUUCCUCCUCUCUUCUAAUGCAAAAUGGAAUGUCAAGCCUACGAGCUGUUGGCAGUGAAAGUGAUUCAAUGACUCUGCCAUAUGGUGCUUCUAAUUUUAUGAAUGCUGCAAGCACGGAUUUUCCGCUUAGUUCAGCUAUGACAACUUCCAGUUGCUUAGAUGACUCGAGUUUUCUACAGUCUCCGGAAAAUGUGGGCCAAGUGAACCCCCCAACCAGAACCUUUGUUAAGGUUCACAAGUCAGGGUCCUUCGGACGGUCGCUGGACAUCACCAGGUUCAGCAGCUACCAUGAGCUGCGAAGUGAACUCGCUCACAUGUUUGGCCUUGAAGGCCAGUUGGAGGACCCUAUGAGAUCAGGCUGGCAGCUUGUAUUUGUUGAUCGGGAGAAUGAUGUUCUUCUCCUCGGUGAUGAUCCCUGGCAGGAGUUUGUCAACAAUGUGUGGUGUAUUAAGAUACUCUCAGCUCAGGAAAUGCAGCAGAUGGGCCAACAGGGUAGGGAGGAGCUUCUGAACUCGGUCCCAAUCCAGAGGCUCUCUAGUAGCAGCUGUGAUGACUAUGUGAGCCGGAAGGACUCAAGAAACCUCAGCACUGGGAUUACAUCCGUGGGGUCUAUUGAUUACUGAUGAACUCAGAUAAAAAGUUUAGAAAGUGGUGGGCAAGUUUUACCAGUUUCUGUUAGUCCUACUCUACCAUUAGCCCUCCUAAGCCUUCACUGCGAGUGGAACAGGUUAGGAGUAAGUCUCCUUGAUGGUUAUAUAUAAGCUACUUUCUGUAAGUAUAACAUUCGAUCAAACUUUCCACGUAUAAGAUCAAAGUACCUUCAACACAUAUUGUAGUAACUGAUGUUUAUGAAGUUCAGCUAUUUGCGUGGUUAUCUUGCA